AUGCAUCAAGAAUUAGCAAGCGAUAGUGAAGGCUCAAGUAUCACAACAUCAAAUUCCUUAAUAUUCAAACAAUUACAAUUCAAUUAUCUCAUUGGCUUUGCACUUGCAGGAGCUGGUAAUAAUUUACAAAGUUCCUAUCGAUAUGCUAUUUUCGAUUCAUAUGGUCUUAGGCGACCAACAAUUGAACGAAUUUUUCUUUGUGCUCAUAUUUCAACUUUAACCCUUGGUACACUUAUUUCAUCACUUUCUGAUAAAUAUGGUCGUCGAACAGCAUGUAUUUUAUCUGCCAUAUUCUAUACGAUCAGUUGUCUCUCACUUAAUAUCAAUGUAGUAUGGAUUUUUUUCGUUGGAAGUGCAGCUCGUGGUAUAGCUCAUUCAUUGUACAAUACAAACUUUGAAGCAUGGCUCGUUCAAGAUCAUCAUAACAGUGGUUUAAGUACUGACUCACUUAAACAGAUACUACGACAUUCAUUCGUUAUACAAUCAAUCAUUGCUAUAGCAGUAGGCUUUGUUUGCCAGUUCUCAGCAGACCUAUUUGGAUAUGUAGCUCCAUUUGAUAUUGCUGCUGGUAUAUAUGUAAUUAUGAUAGUUUUUAUAUUAAUACAAUGGACAGAAAAUUAUGGUGAUAAAGAAGCAUUAAGUACAACUUCAUUUAUUACUGCUUUUCAAGUACUACGAAAUGAUUCUCGUAUUGUAUUAGUUGGAUUAAUUACAGCGUUUUUUGAAGUUACAAUCUAUAUUUAUGCAAUUGAAUGGACACCUGCAUUGGAACAUGCACGCAAGUGGACUAUCUCUGAACCAUUACCAUUAGGCAUAAUGUUUUCAACUUUUAUGUUUUUUAAUAUGCUUGGUGCUGUAGCUUUUAAACCAUUAUCUAAACGGUUUCGAGUACAAUCAUUUAUGUUUAUGAAACCACCAGAAGAAUAUGUCGAGCCAAGUGAGAAUGUUGUUUUAUUACCUCAAACACCAUCGUAUGAUCUUAAACUGAAACAACCUCAAACGACAUCAGAAUAUUCUGGUGGAAUCGAUAAUAAAAGCACAUCAAUCAAUACAGGCAAUGAUUAA